AUAAUAAAAUGACUUUAAAUGGAAAUAGUUUUCGAAUAUCUACUUCAGAAUCUGAGGUAUGUUUUGAACCAGAUGGUUUUCCAAAUACAAAUCGUGUAUCAACUAGUUCAUAUUCAAUAAGUGGUGCUUUGGAGGUAAUGGCACGAGAUAGUAUAAACUCAUUUGGAAACGUCAGUAAUAAAUCGGCAAUAUCGUUAUUAGAUCAGCCUAGUGAAAGUGUUAUAAGUGAAAAGUAUUGGCAAUUAAAGAGUUUACGAAAAGAAUUUCAGGAACGAGAAUUAGAAAAUCAAUAUAUAAAAUACAUACGAAAAAUACGUUGCGGAUUUUUUGUAAUUUUUCUUAUUACACAUUUUAUUCUCUGUAUGCUUAAAAUAUUAAUCCUUUUAACUUCAACACAGGGAGAAAUUAAAGAACAAUUAUAUGAGAUAAUCUUGUAUGGCAUUACUGGUAUAAUUCCAUUAGGUGGAUUUUUAAUUAAAAGCGAAUUAACAAAUAAACAUGAAUGGUUGUAUCCGCUCAUAUCAUGUGUAAUAUUAACAGUAAUCGUAACAAAUGAUGUUCUUGUAGUAACAUUGAAUAAUAGUAGGAAGUAUGAUAUAGAAUAUCCAGAUUUACGUCCAACAUUUAUUGAACAUGUUUACAUAGCUUGUUAUUUAUUUUUACCAUUUGAUCAAAAUUAUCAAGCUACUGUCAUGGGUGUUACAAUAGCUAUUGCUUAUUUAAUUUGUUUGAAAUUUAUAACAUAUCAAUUAAUUACUGAUUUAUAUGUUCAGCUUGGAUGUGAUAUACUGUAUUUAAUAUGUUUAAAUAUAUCGGGAAUUUAUCGAAGAUUUUUAAGUGAAAUCACUACACGUAGAAUGUUUUUAGAUGCACGGCAAUCUGUUCAAACAACAAUGAAAUUAACUUUUCAAAAAAAUAAAGAGGAACGAUUAUUGUUGAGUAUUUUACCGCCACAAGUUUGUAAACGUGUACAAAACGACAUUGAAACCAUUUUUAAUAUAAUGAACAGUAAAAAAAGUAAUAUCAUUAACAGUGUUAAACCAUUUCAGGAUUUGUACAUUGAACAGCAUUAUGAUGUAACAAUUUUGUAUGCUGAUAUUGUACAUUAUACAAAGAUGACAACAACAUUACCCGUAAAAAAAUUAGUAGUUGUGUUAAAUGAAUUAUUUGGGGCAUUUGAUGAUGCCUCUGGGUUUCAUAAGUUGUUACGAAUAAAAUUUUUGGGUGAUUGUUAUUAUUGCGUAGCCGGCAUACCGCAAGUUGCUGACAGCACUGCACAUUUAAAUCAUGCAAAAAAAGCUGUUGAAUUUGGUUAUGAUAUGAUUUCUAUUAUACAAUAUGUAAGAAAUAAGCAUGAUGUGGAUAUUGAUAUGCGAAUUGGUGUUCAUUCGGGAAGAAUACUUAGUGGAUUAGUUGGGGCAUCUAAGUGGCAGUAUGAUAUUUGGUCGAAAGACGUAUUAAUCGCAAAUGUAAUGGAGCAAACUGGAAAACCAGGAAAAGUGCACGUUACCAAUGAUACCUUAAUGAAAUUGGAUAGCCUAAACGAAUAUAAUUAUGAAAGAACCUAUGUUGAAUCUAGGAACCAAUUUCUUUUUGAUAAUGGAAUAGUGGCAUAUUUAAUCUUGCCAAAAAUAGAUCUGUUAAUGAGUGUUGAAGAACCAUCCACGUCGUCACAUCAAUUAUACGAUAAACGUGUUAGUAUUGGCAAAAGAUCCAGCAAUGUACCACGAUUUAGUAAUCGUUCAAAAACAAAUAUGCGAUUACGAAAACAAUCAAUAAUUGAAAAAACAUUACCAACAUCAAAUAGACGGCAGUUUUUUAUGGAUGAUACAUACAAAGAAUAUCAAGAAAUGUUUACUUUGAUUGAUUCAAAAAUGGAUGAAGAAAUUGAUAAUUUACCUAUGGGAAAAUUUGACUUUUUAUCUAAAAACAGUUACUUUAAUCAUCUGUAUUUGUUUUUUAAUAUUUAUAAAUGGGAAAAAUUAUAUUUGAGUCAACCUGACCCAAUGUUUAAAUUUUAUAUAAUUUCGGGCAUUAUAACAUUUUCUUCGAUAUUCUUCAUUCAACUGUUAUCCCUUCAAGGAAAUAAUCAAAUAGUGUGGAUUUCUUCAACUUCAUUUUUAAUAAUUUUAUUGUUAUUCAUACCAUUAACAUGGGUUCGUUAUACUCGCAUUGACCAAAAUAAUUUUGAAGAGACUAGCAAAAGAAAAUUAACAGAACGAAUUAUGCAGCGUUUCAAAAUUUGUUCAAACGCUAUUGUUCAUAAGACAAUUUGGCGUUAUAUUAUUUAUAUUUUUAUUUGCGUUUCAAUGAUGCUUUGCGUAUUAACGCCAUUAAUUGAUUGUAAAUUGCUUCCAACAGAUAUAGUUCCACAUGUUAAGUUCUUGGGAGAAUCAUAUCACUGUAUCAAACCAUGGCAUAUAACACAAACUGUUUCAUUACUAUUACUGACAAGUUUUAUGUUUUUACGAAUACAUUUUGUUUUAAAAUUGUUGAUCAAUUUAAUGAUUACGAGCAUAUAUGCUUGGAUAAUAUGGGAUAAACGUUACAAAUAUUAUGGUGAAAGCGAAUCAUGGAAUGUUAAUUUUUCACCGCAAUGGUCACAUACUUUAACAAUUUUAUUUUUGACCAUAACAGGUCAUAUAAUUGAUCGACAGCAAGAAUUCAUGAAUCGUCUUGAUUAUCAAUGGAAGAUUCGAUUGACUAAAGAACGCGACGAAGCAGCUACUACAGAUUGUAUAAAUAUAAUGUUAUUACAUAAUAUUUUACCUUUACAUGUAGCUAAAAUAUAUAUGAAUCCACGUAGAGAAACCAAUUCCUUAUAUUAUGAAGAGUAUACGUCAGUAUCUGUAAUUUUUGCUUCAUUACUUGGAUAUAAAUUAGGCGUUGAUGACGAAAACGAAGAUUCAGAAUUGACAAUGUUACGAGUUUUAAAUACCAUUAUAUGUGAUUUUGAUCGUCUGUUAAUUGAACAUAAAGGUACAAAAGUUGAAAAAAUUAAAAUGGCUGGAUGGACUUUUAUGGCAGCAUGUGGUUUAGUACCAGAACAACAAGGAAGUGUAAGGUUUGAUAAUAAAGAAAUUGAAAACGAUGUAGUAAUAACCAUUAUAAAAUUGGCUGUUAAAUUUCUCAAAAUACUUGAUACUAUUAAUAAAGAAUCGCAGCAAAAAUUUCAAUUACGAAUAGGCAUUUCUCAUGGACCUGUAUCAGCAGGUGUGGUUGGAUCAUUGAAACCAUUAUAUGAUAUUUGGGGUGAUACGGUAAAUAUGGCAUCUCGUAUGGAUUCUACAGGUGUACCAAAUAAAAUACAAAUAACACCUGAAACAGCAAAAGUUCUUGAGAAACAAAACAUUGAGUGUGAAUUACGUAGUAAAGAAGGUAUUUUUGUAAAAGGUAAAGGCAUGAUUCAAACAUAUUUUAUAAAACUAAAUGAAAAAUUUGAUAUUGUACAUUGUAAUUCAACAUUAACAUAA